AUGACCGACAAGCUACCCCCAAAUCUCCUUGCUCUGUUCCAGCCACGACCGCCCUUGCGCUAUAUCCCACCUCAGGACAGUGCGCCCGAUGAGAGUGCGGCAAAACGAUCAGAGCUGUCCGGACUAGCUGCCUUCCUUCCCCAGUUCGAACAAUACAAAGAAGAAGACGUGUACCACCCCACAGAAUCAUGGCUACAGCGGCGCGACCGGGAGAGAUGGGAGAAGACGAACCUCCUUGAAGAGAUCAAAAAGCCUGACUUCGACGGAUACCGACCGCAAGAAGAUCCCAAAAUCAAGGGCGAUGCCGCCAAGACCUUGUUUGUCGCGCGCCUCAGCUACGAUGUCAAGGAGGCAGACUUAGAACGCGAGUUUGGCAGAUUUGGUCCUAUUGAGAGGAUCAGGAUCAUCAAAGAUGAGACCAAACCCAAUGCCAAGAAGCCCCAUCGUGGCUACGCCUUCAUCGUCUAUGAACGAGAAAAAGAUAUGCGAGAUCAUAUGCUGCCUAUAAAGAAACAGAUGGUCUGCGCAUCAAAGAUCGAAGAGUUGUGGUCGAUGUUGAACGAGGCCGUAUGGUGCCAGGAUGGCGACCUAGAAGAUUUGGCGGUGGUCUCGGCGGACGAGGGUACACCAAACAAGUACCCGCCAAACCAACGUUUGGUGGGCCCCCAGUUGGAUUUGGGGGUGGCUUUCGUGGCGGCUUCGGUGGUCGCGGAGGAUUCCGUGGUGGCUUCCGCGGUGACCGAGGAGGCUUUGGUGGUGACCGUGGAGGCUUUGGUGAUCGUGGAAGCUUUGGCGGUGACCGAGGCUUUGGUGGAAGGGGCGGCGUUGGCUAUCAAGGCGGAGGUGGCUUUGGUGGAAGACAAGGAGGCUAUCAAAAUGCACCGCCGCCUCCCAACGCGCCUAGUGGGCCCGGAGGACGAGGCGGAUACGGAGGAGGUUACGAUGACCGACGAAACGGUUAUGGUGGCGGCCGAGAACCUCGCGGUGGAACUGGAAGCAACAAAGAUCCGCUCGGUGGACGAGACCGGGGAUAUGACGAUCGGGACCGUGACCGAGACCGAGACCGAGACCGCGAUCGAGACCGAGAUCGUGACAGAGAUCGCGACCGUUAUGGCGGAAGCAGGCGAGAGGAUGACUAUGGCUCACGGAAGCGACACCACGACAACGACGGGCAUGACGACCCAAGACAGCGCCGAAGGUAUUGACAUCCUCCUCCAUGCGGUGGCGUUACAUGCAACAAUCUCGUCAUGCUUGGCCGGUGGGUAUUCUAUGUUCAAGUGUAUUCACACCAUUUUUGAAACUACGACAUGCUUCUACUCACACUCGUGUUAUGGUAAGAAGCCACCGAUUCUUCGAUUCGCGCAAUUAGAUCUCGGUCGGAUGGGACCAGGAGAUUUCAAAAGCAGACCUUGGGACAAUCGUCUCCAAGAUCGUUCACAUUAA